CUUUCAGUUCACUGCCACGCGCUUUCAAAAGGCGUUCACUUUCAUCGGUACUCUGUUCUCACUCGGAUCUUCAAUUUCACAGCUAGUAAAGCAAAAAAGAAAUCUGAAUUUUCUCCAUGGCUCCCGUUGCUCCAAGGUCCGGCGAUGCUAUUUUCGCUAGCGUUGAACGCGUGAAUGCGGAGCUCUUCACUCUGACAUAUGGUGCUAUGGUGCGUCAGCUUCUCACCGAUCUGGAGGAGGUGGAGGAGGUCAACAAACAGCUCGAUCAAAUGGGCUAUAAUAUAGGGGUCCGGCUAGUGGAUGAAUUUCUCGCGAAAUCUAAUGUAUCGAGGUGUGUUGAUUUUAAGGAAACAGCUGAAGUCAUUGCCAAGGUAGGAUUCAAAAUGUUCCUGGGAGUUACUGCAUCAGUCUCCAACUGGGAUGCUGAGGGAACAACCUGCAGUAUAAUAUUGGAGGAUAAUCCUCUUGUAGAUUUUGUUGAGCUUCCUGAUACGUGUCAAGGUCUAUAUUAUUGCAACAUUUUAAGUGGAGUUAUCAGAGGGGCUCUCGAGAUGGUGUCAAUGAAAACUGAAGUCACAUGGCUGCGAGAUAUGCUUAGAGGGGAUGAUGCAUUUGAGUUGCAGGUGAAACUUCUGAAGCAAGUUCCCGAGGAGUAUCCAUACAAAGACGACGAGUAAUGUUCUACCUUUUCCUCUACAGAUCCAAUCUGUCAUUUUUUUUAAAAAAAUUUACCCUUCUUUCUAGAUCUAAGGUACUAAAAAAUGCAAAUUUCGAAUGUAGACAUUUGGUUGUGUCAUUGUUUCGAUAAUAUUAUAGUUGCAUUGCUUGCAUUUCAAAAGUUAAUCUUCGGCUUUCAUCCUAAAAUUUUUAGGAAAUCAUAAUGUUAUCCAAAUAGAUAUCUGGGCUGAAAUGUGCUGUGAUUGUUAUCCAGAAGUUAUGGGUAAAAUGACUGUAUUAUUAAGCAAUGAUGAGAUCAUUGAAUUUGGAU